UCUCACUGAGCAGCUUUAUUUCGAGAGAGCAGCACGAUGUCUGGUAGAGGCAAAGGCGGUAAGGGACUCGGCAAGGGGGGCGCAAAGCGUCACCGUAAGGUCCUUCGCGACAACAUCCAGGGGAUCACCAAGCCGGCUAUUCGCCGUCUGGCCCGCCGUGGUGGUGUAAAACGUAUUUCCGGCCUGAUCUACGAGGAGACUCGCGGUGUGCUGAAGGUGUUCUUGGAGAACGUGAUCCGUGACGCCGUCACAUACACCGAGCACGCCAAGAGAAAGACCGUCACCGCCAUGGAUGUGGUGUACGCCCUGAAACGCCAGGGACGCACUCUGUACGGCUUCGGCGGCUAAACGCUUCAACACCGAACAACGCGAACACAACGGCUCUUUUAAGAGCCACCCAAAUAUCCCGAAAGAGCUGUUUCUUGUUUACUGCCUGUAAGGAAAAAUAACUUCUUUUUUUUUUCUCUCUCUCUCUUUGAAAAUGAUGAAUGAUCUUUACAGCGUGUGCGUCAACAUUUCUCCCCCCGCUCUUUUUUUAUAUAUAUAUUUUAUAUAUAUAAUAAUGUGUGUAUAAAAAAUCCUAAUGCUUGUACCACCAGGCUUUUACAUGCAUUUUACACACAUCCCUAUCUAUAUACACUACUACCGCUGGGAUGGAUAUAGAUAGAU